CCUGUGCCGAUGACGUCCCCACUAUCCCUAAAGCAGGAAGUGGCAGUUUAAGCACAGAUAUGCGACACGAAUGCGUCGACCCAGCAGCGGACGCAGUUGAGGUUUCUCGCUCUCUUCAUUUUUUUCGAUCGUCGGGACUUUUGCAAGUUCACCUCGCUCAGAACCUUUUAAUGUUGUAAGUGCUGAAGAGGUGAGGGGACUGGGCCAAGGUGACCGAGGCAAGCCGCCAUGUCUCACACCCAGUCAGAUGGCUGUGCGGGUGACCGGGUCCCUCUAAUUCUGGAGAGCCACUUUUCCACAGAACUCCAUAUAUCUGAACCCGGUGAUGAAUGCUACCAGUCACAAAGCUCCCCCACUGUCCAGCCCGAGGCACCCACAACCCAUGAAGAAGACCUCAACAGGCCGGUGGUGCCCCAGCAACUGAUUUUGAGCACCCAAAGUGCAGCGGCGCUGAAGCUUGGCACCCAGCAGAUCAUUCCCAAGAAUCUAGCUGUGGCCAGCCGGCCCAAAAACCGUCACCACACUACCGUGGUGACGUUCCCUGUGGGACUAGAGAAUUUCAAUCACGGAUCCCGUAUCCGACACUCGACUCAGGGGCCCAAUGUGGGCUGGGAAGACUACGAUAGCGAUGGAGACGGCUUCGCUUUGAGGAGGAACCGCAGAAACAAGUCCUACAGAGCGGCAGUGACUAGUUUGGACAUUGAGGCCAUGGCAAGGGCAAAAGGAGCUGGAAACACACUAAAACCUGUGAAAGAAGGCAGAGCACCCAGUCCGGGUGCAGGUCGCAGCCCCGGGAGGAAGAGAACACUAGGGAGGAAGAGGAACCGUAACCAGCGCGGAUCAUUUAAAGACGCAACGCCGUGCCUCUACCAGGAGAUCCGAGAGCGGGGCUUGCACUCCACCAACCAGGAUGAGCUGCUGGACGACUUUGUGGUGGUAGAAGCUCCGGUGGAGGAUCAGAGCAUUGUGGUGAAGAGCUACAGGCCUGCGCAGCUCACUUGGAGCCAACUGCCACAGGUGAAGGAAACUGGCAUACUGAAUAUGAUCUCACCUCAAGAGAGAAAAAGACAGGAGGCAAUCUUUGAAAUAAUCACGUCGGAACACUCGUACCUGCACAGCCUGGGCAUCCUGGUGCGACAUUUUAAGGACAGUGACGCUCUGAGGAAGACCAUGACAGCCACAGAGCACCAUCACCUCUUCUCCAACAUCUCGGUUAUCCACCAAGUCAGCAAACGAUUUUUUGAAGAUCUUGAGCGACGUCACUCUGACACCCCAGUGAUCCGGGACAUUAGCGACAUUGUUCAGAACCAUGCCGCCCAUCAUUUUGAGCCGUACAUCGUCUACUGUUCCAACGAGACCUUCCAGCAGAGAACGCUGCAGAAGCUCCUGAGUAGCAAUGGUGCGUUUAAGGACACACUGAAGCAAAUUGAAGAGAGCAGCGAGUGCGGGGGCCUCCCGAUGAUCUCGUUUCUCAUCCUCCCCAUGCAACGGGUUACCAGACUGCCACUUCUUAUGGAUACAAUUUGCCAGAAGACCCCUGACAAGUCUGCCGAGUACUUUGCAGCGGUCUGGGCACUGCACGCCAUCAGCAAGCUGGUCAACAGCUGCAAUGACGGUGCGCGGCGAAUGGAGAGGACGGAACAGAUGUACACCAUUCAGAAACAGAUGGAAUUCGGUAAAAUCAAGCCAUUUCCACUGGUGUCGUCAUCACGCUGGCUGAAGAAACGUGGCGAGCUGGCUGUCUGUGCUGAAGAACUCAGCAUCUGGAGAGCGUUCAGCAACAGGAGCAACUACUUGUUUCUCUUCAAUGACGUACUCAUUGUCACCAAGAAGAAGAGCGAGGAGAGCUUUCUGGUGAUGGACUACGCCACUCUGGAUAAUUUAGAGGUAGAGGUCAGCGAGGAAUCAGACGGUCAGGCAUCGCCACCCUCCAAGAACAGCCAGUAUCUGUCCUUCAAGCUGCUCAUGAGCAAGAACAGUGAGGGGCGACCAGAGCGCACCACACUCGUGGCCGAGUCCAGGGUUGACCGGGCCCGUUGGAUAGUCGCUCUCACUGAACACAAGCAGACAGAGCUUUUCUCCUGCAAAGAUGGUUUGCCCCAGUGUGAGGCCACCAAAGCGUACAUGCCCAAGGAGCUUGACGAGCUGGGCCUGAAGCAAGCCGAGCUUGUCAUCGUUCAGAGGAAGGAGGAGGGCUGGUACUACGGGGAGCGGAUGCGCGACGGCGAGAGAGGCUGGUUUCCCGCCAGCUGCGCCACAGAGAUCACUGAUCCCACGGCCAUGGAGAACAACAUGCAGCGAAUGAAGCGCCUCCGCAAAGAGACCAAUGUUUGAGGAGAAAUAGAGGUGUGAGACAACACCAACCUCAGCUAUGUACUAAGUGUGCCUUGGUAUUCAUGAAGAUUUACAGCUCUUCACUUUGUCUACAUCUUGUUGAAGUCUAAUUCCAAAAUGGAUUCAUUUUUAAUCAAGUUUCCACAUAGACAACCUGUGCAAAACAAGAUGUAAAAUUUAUGGCAAAUAAAAAAAGACAACGCAUUCUCAUUUUGACCAAAACCAUCUCAUUCCAUGGUGUGUGAGUUAUUUUUAUUUCAUUUUGGAAUAAGGCUGUGCCUAGAGAUACUACAAAUUAAUUCUGUGGCAAUGACUGUAAUUUAAAACAAUCACCAUUAAUCAUUCCAGUUUUUGCUGUUUUGUAUGAUAUCCUAUACGUGCCAAUUUUUGUCAGUAGUUGAAAAAAUGUAUAUUCAUAAAAAGCAUGGUGAUUGCAUUUGCCAUUAGCAUUAAGCUAACAGAGGUGUUCUUAUAUGUGAAUGCUUUGUUUGUUUGUAUGUUUGUUUGUUUGUUUGUUUUUUAAUACACAAAUUGUAAUUUGAAAGUAAACUUCGAGUGUAUUAAACAGCUUGAAAGGC